AUGGAGGUAAGAAAUAAAUCAAAAUCAUUUCUUGGUGUUAUUUUCACUGAUCCAUCAUUAAAGAGAUCUAUUAUUUUUAUAUUUAUCUCAGGAAUUAUAUGGUUUUUACCAUUUUAUAAAGCUCUUCUAUAUUUAGUUUUUAAAAAUUAUUCUAAUAUUUCUUCUGUUUAUAAUAAAUUUUAUGAAUAUAUUACAAAUAUAAUAAUUAUUAUUACAUAUUAUUAUAUUUUACGUAAAAAAAAUAUCGGUGGUACAAUAAAGGAUGUUUUAAUAAAUAAAAAUAAAUUAAAAGGAAAACGUAUUUUAGUUACUGGUGGAUAUAAAGGAAUAGGUCUUGCAGCAGUUAAAGAAUUUUUAAAAUUUGGAUGUGAAAUUAUUUUAGCUUGCAGAUCAUUGAAAUAUAUGGAAUUAGUUCGUACAGAUUUAAUGACAACUUUUCCAGAUGCUAAAAUACACUGUGUUGAAUUAGAUUUAGGAAGUUAUGAAAGUAUAGAAAACUGUGCAAAGUAUAUAUUAAAGAAUUUCUCCAAAAUUGAUAUAAUAGUUAAUAAUGCUGGAUUUUUGAAUCAAAAAAUUGAAUAUAUUAAUAAAUUAGAAUCAGUGUUUUUCAUUAACUAUUUUGGUCACUUUUAUUUAACUAAAUUAAUGUAUGAACUUAUUUUAUCAUCUGAUACAUUAAUUGUUAAUUUAAGUAGCAUAGCUCAUUGUAUGUUAAAGGAAUCGGAUAUAAAUUAUGACUUUAUUUAUGAAAAAAAUACAAAAAAUAUAAAAGUGAGUUUCCUUUAUAGAAAAGAAUAUGCCUUUUCCAAAUUAUGCAUGCUUUAUUUUACACAACAAUUACAAAAAAGAUUAGAAAAUGAAGAAACAAAGGCUUGCUCAGUGUCAAUAAACCCAGGUUUAGUUAAAACUGAUAUUUUCAGAAAUGAACAUUUUUGUUUUCGACCAUUAUGUACAGAUAUUUUUUUUAACAAAACACCUUUACAAGGAGCUCAAAGCAUUCUAUAUGUAUGCUUAUUAGAUAGAGAAGAAUUAGCAAAAGGAUGUUAUUACUCAGAUUGCAAAGUAGAUUACAUUAGAACUUAUGCAAAUAACCAAAAAAAAUCAGAGGAAUUGUGGGAAAUUUCUGAAGAAAUAUUAAAAAACAAAACAAAAUAUUAUUCAAACAAUUAA